GGGGACACCAACUACUAUAUAAUACAUCCUAACCUUAUAUAGAUCUGGGUAUUGUGAGAGCAAGGUAGGAGCUACGGAGCCCCUACUUGCAUUGACCCGUCAGAAAACGCAGAUCUUACUCAUCGUAUGUUUCGUCGAGGAUAACGUCGUUGCUUCACUUUUUUUUUUCUCUUUUCUCUUUUCUCUUUCCUUAGACCAUACUUUUUUUUCCAUCAAUUGCAAACUAGACCUCCUAUUGUGACCCUCAUAACUUAUCUCCCCAUUCCCUAUCAUCAUAGUUGCCCUUUUACCAUAUUUAGAAUUACUUCUUUGACUUAGAAGACGUUAUCUUGUAUUAGUCGCAUUAAAUCUAGACAUGUCUACCCUCCAAACUUCCAUCAAUGGCGCAGACUCUUCCGUCGCCGUCAUAAUACCCUCGAAACCGAAUCCCUUAACAGUGACCUAUAAAGAUCUCGUAACUGAAUGUUCCUCUUUCCAACACAAGCUCGCUGCCAUCGGCAUAACCAACCGUUCUCCCGUCUCGAUCGCAACCGUAAAUUCGUAUGAAUUUAUCGUCUCGUUCCUGGCCACGUCCUGGCAGCGCGGUAUCGCGGCUCCUUUAAACCCUGCUUAUAAACAAGACGAAUUCGAGUUCUAUAUCGAAGACAUCAAGUCCGCGAUAGUCCUCGUGCCAAAGGGAGCCUAUGACACCGACGCGCCCUCCGUUAAGGCUGCGCGCAAGUUCAAUGCUGCAGUCGCAGAGUGCUAUUGGGACAACGUGAAGAAAGAGGUUGCUUUAGAUGUCAAAGAUCUCGGUCAAUUGAAGGGACAUAGCAAGGAGAACAUACUACAAGCACAACCAGAUGAUGUCGCCUUGGUCUUACAUACAAGCGGCACAACAUCGAGGCCGAAAGUCGUAUGUCAUCGAUCGUCCCAGAUGUCGGUUAUUGAUGUUAACGUUAACGAACUCCUUUGCUAGGUUCCAUUAACGCAUCGCAAUUUGACAAGAACAAUGAGUGGGUUGAAAUAUGAAUUUACUUUCAACUCGUGACUAGCAUGAC